AGUGGUUACUAGAGAUAAACCCACAUCCUAACCUAUCUCUCUAUCCAUUAGCUAACCGCGGUUAAAUUAAUCACCACCCCCGCCGCGGCUAUAAAUAGGCACCCCAGCCCCCGUCGCCACUUCACCACCACUCCGUCCAUCACCUCCUCCUCGAAGCAGAAGCAAGCUCGUUUCGUCCUCCUCCUCCUCCUUUUGCGUUGCGAGAUGGCGGUGGAUCUGACCCCGAGGCAGCCCAGGAAGGCGUACGGCGGCGAGGGCGGCGCGUACUACGAGUGGGCACCCGCCGACCUGCCCAUGCUCGGCGUCGCCUCCAUCGGCGCCGCCAAGCUCUCGCUCGCCGCCGGCGGGCUCUCGCUCCCCAGCUAUUCCGACUCCGCCAAGGUCGCCUACGUCCUCCAAGGUAAUGGGACCUGCGGCAUUGUCCUGCCGGAGGCGACCAAGGAGAAGGUGGUCGCCGUGAAGGAGGGCGACGCUCUGGCGCUCCCCUUCGGCGUGGUGACCUGGUGGCACAACGCCCCCAACGCCACCACCGAGCUCGUCGUCCUCUUCCUCGGCGACACCUCCAAGGGCCACAAGGCCGGCCAGUUCACCAACUUCCAGCUCACCGGCGCCAACGGCAUCUUCACCGGCUUCUCCACCGAGUUCGUGGGGCGCGCCUGGGACCUCGCCCAGGAGGACGCCGCCAAGCUCGUGUCCAGCCAGCCGGCCUCCGGCAUCAUCAAGCUCGGCGCCGGGCAGAAGCUCCCGGCCCCCUCGGCGCAGGACCGCGAGGGCAUGGCCCUCAACUGCCUGGAGGCCCCGCUGGACGUGGACAUCAAGAACGGCGGGCGCGUGGUGGUGCUCAACACCCAGAACCUGCCGCUGGUGAAGGAGGUCGGGCUGGGCGCCGACCUGGUGCGGAUCGACGCCCACUCCAUGUGCUCCCCGGGGUUCUCGUGCGACUCGGCGUACCAGGUGACGUACAUCGUCCGCGGCAGCGGGCGCGUCCAGGUGGUCGGCACCGACGGCAAGCGCGUGCUGGAGACCCACGUCGAGGGCGGCUACCUCUUCAUCGUGCCCCGCUUCUUUGUCGUCUCCAAGAUCGCCGAUGCAUCCGGCAUGGAGUGGUUCUCCAUCAUUACCACCCCCAACCCGAUCUUCAGCCACCUGGCUGGGAGGACGUCGGUGUGGAAGGCGAUCUCGCCGGAGGUGCUGGAGGCGUCGUUCAACACGACGCCGGAGAUGGAGAAGCUGUUCCGGUCCAAGAGGCUCGACUCGGAGAUCUUCUUCGCCCCCAACUGAGCAUAUCCAGAGGUGUCCUAGGUCGUCGUUAGCUUGAUAAUAAGAUUAGGAGAGCCUAAAGGAAGUCAGUCUUAAGUCUUAGCUUCGUCAUUGUCGUCGCUGGAGUCUUUCGGCCCUGUUUGUCACAGUUUGUCAGUAAUUUCUACCUCUUAAAAGUAAUAAGUUAUGCUAAACAGGUUAAAUGUAUGCUGGCUUUUG